AUGUCGCGCAUCAAGGCCAUCCGCAUUUCCUGCAGCGGCGAGAUCGCCAAGAGCGCAAAGGUCCGAGAGUUCUCCACGUACAACCUGCUCGACACCCACGACGUCUUCACUAAAGCCGAGAACAGCCUGUUCUCCAGUUGCAUUGGCAUUCCUCUGCUCGUUCUCAAGAUGCGGCCGUCAAUGCUUCGAUACGAGCCAUUGCCUCGCACCGGCCGCGCGAGGACCCUACACGGAUACAGCUACAAGGAGACGGACGAUUUCUAUCCGAACCCGAGUGCCAGCACGCUCAUGGGUGGCAACGCAGACAGCCAGACACAGUAUUCGGAUAGCGUGGGCAGCGUUUUGAUUGCCCGUGCUGACAAGAAGGCACUCGAGAUGAACCAUCUUCACGUCAUCCUCCGUCUGCUGGCUGAGGCCACCGAGAAAGCGAGCGCCGGUCAGAUGGACGAGGCCGUGGACAUGCUCACACCGGCGUACUUCAGGGACUACUAUCCGCCAAACGCUCUGUUCUUCAAGGGUCAACUCGCGGAUGGAGAAUGGUCUGAUCGCAGCCCGUGGGAUGACGAUCAGCAAACUACCGCCGAGCAUGCUGAAGACAGAGUUCAGGCUGGUGGUGACGAGGACGAUGAAGUGUUGUAG